AUGAACUUACUCAAGUAUUUGGGUCAAAUACACGAGACAGUUUCGAGCACUGAUUCAAGAUCGACCGCCUACAUCCCCUAUCAGAUGCUGUUCAAAAUCAUCUGGGAGGUCUGCGAUGGAGUUAGCUACAUUCAUUCCCGCAAUCUGAUUCACCGUGAUUUAGCUGCUCGUAAUGUUCUUCUCACUACUGGAUUGAGAGCUAAAAUUUCUGGCUUCGGAUUUUGUUCCGAUCCUGAAGACCCAAGUUUUCGGGAAGUUCGCCUGCUGUACGGUACCUGCCAAUGGUCUUUCGGUGUACUCCUAUAUGAAAUUUUCACUCUCGGCGAUGUUCCUUACGAAGAUUUGCAAAAACCUGAAGAGAUUGUGGAAUGCGUGUUGCAUUACAGAAUUCCUGCUCAUCCCAAGUAUGCUCCACGGCAGACGUACAACAUAAUGCAGCGGUGCUUCCACCGUUACCCGGAGAGGCGACCGCUCUUCUCUCACCUCAAGGACAUCUUCCAAAUUGAAAUGGAAUCACUGUUCGCGAACCCAGCGUUUGUUGGGGAAGAAGAACAAUGA